UAUUCCCGUCUGGCUGGAGGAGUUAUUCUUGUAAGAGCGCGCGCUUCGUUCACAUCGCGUUGACUAGGUUCUCGAUCAUCCCUCUCGUGUACGCGCUCGCCGUCGAAGUUAUCCGUUGUGCCGUUGCGAUUAUAUUAAUUCAAUUAGCGUGCAAGUGUUAAUUCAGUUCACUUUUUUCGUAUAUUUCCUGCCAAGCUGGGUGGUUUUACGAAAAUACAAAUUCAGGUGAAUAUAUAACGGUUAUUGUCUUAGUAUAGCAAGAAUAGAAGAAAUUUCGGAAAAAGUGUCAUCAUCCUUUUAAGUUGCACAAUCGAAUUGCACGCACGCAGGAUGUUUAGUUUUCGAUCAUCGGACGCACAGCACAAAAUGAUGUACAUGAGUAUGCUUGCAUUACUCAUAAUUCCAUACUGCAAAGGACAAGCACAGAUCACUGCACUGGAUGCACCGAUCUUCGUGGAAAAAUUUCGCAGUCUUCGCGGCUUCGCACUUAAUUUUAUUGGUACUACCGGGGAUGAUAGAAACAAGUUCAAAGCAAACCUACGUAACGGGAAAGUACAAACACAAUAUCCUGAAGAUUUCCCAUUCUUUUGCAACACUACUGGAAUGAGAAGUCCGACAGCUCCGAACUCUGUGAAUGAGCUUCGUCCUGGCGAUAUAGACAUAGUUGGAGCUAUUGGGGACUCGCUAACAGCCGGUCAUGGUGCUAUGGCUACAAAUAUACUAGAAGUAAUGGUAGAGAAUAAAGGUCUCUCUUGGAGCAUUGGGGGUCAAGGGACAUGGAGACAGUUUCUUACGAUACCGAACAUAUUGAAAGAAUUCAACCCAAAUUUAUAUGGCUACCCGAUUAAAGAUGGUAUUUCCAUAAGAAAAGCUUCACGCUUUAAUGCAGCUGAAGGAGGUGCUAUGAGUCAAGACAUCCCACACAUGGCAAGGAACCUAGUCAAACGAAUGCUCUCUGAUCCACGCGUCGAUAUUCAGAACCACUGGAAACUGAUAACCAUUCUGAUUGGAGGAAACGAUUUUUGCGCCAACAUAUGCUACACAAACCCACCGGAGAAAACUUUGCUGUAUCACGAAAAAAACAUAUUGUCUGCUCUAAGAACAUUUCGCGAUUAUUUGCCUCGUACCUUUGUAAACCUUGUGGCAAGCCCAAAUGUUGAAGUUCUAACCCGGUUCAAGGGAAAACCACAGCAAUGCGUCACGAUGCACGUAAUCGAAUGCCCUUGCUUUUUGGCUACAAGAUUUAGCCGGGAAAAGAAACGAUACAUUAAACUGAUCGAGAAGUGGAACCUUCUGCAGAUGGAUAUUGCAAAUCGGAAGGAAUUCAACAACAAGCCUGAUUUCGGAGUUGUGUUUCAACCGUUCAUUAUGAAUCUCACGUUUCCCGACGACCCGAACGGCAACACCGACUUCAGCUACAUGUCUCUGGACUGCUUUCAUCUGAGUCAAAAAGGUUAUGCGCGAGCCUCCAAUGCAUUGUGGAACAACAUGUUGGAACCAAUCGGUGAAAAAUCUAGCAUCUGGGAGAAAGAAUUCGCCAAUUUCAAAUGCCCAUCGCCAGACAUGCCGUACAUUCGUACUUUGGGGAAUAGCUAAACUGGAGUGUGUAACAGUUAACGGCAUAGACUUUAAUUUGUAACUGUGAUAAGACUGUUCGCCGCUUAGUGUUCCAUUUUAAACCUAAUGCAAAAAUAGUGAUUUAUGCCAGAUGAAAGCUAGGGAAUACUUUAUACGUAAUAUUUAAUAGCUAAAUGUCAUUCUCAUGUAGAGAUAAUAAAAAAUCAAAAUCCAUCCAACA